AUGCAACUAUGUGGCGGGAGGCCGCACCACCAGGCGGAAAUGUGUGAAAGCAGAACUCGCAAGGGACACAAGUUGGAGCAAGUGGAGCCGUGUCAGGAGUGGCUGAAUUCUCCGCAACCCCCGGUGUGGGGCUUUCCGGAGGGAUCGGGGGGGGCUGCUGCUGCUGCUGCUGCUGACGCUGCUGCCGCUGCUGCUGCCGCUGCCGCACGCCCUGAAGUGCUGCCCUCGCCCCCAGCUGCCCCCCUGCGUGCUGCACGCCCUGAGGUGCUGCAGUCACCCCCUGCUGUCCCGCUGCCUGCUGCACGCCCUGGGGUGCUGCAGUCACUCCCUGCUGUCCCGCUGCCUGCUGCACGCCUUGAGGUGCUGCAAUCAGUCCCUGCUGUCCCCCUGCCUGCUGCACGCCCUCAGGUGCUGCAGUCACUCCCUGCUGUCCCGCUGUUUGCUGCAUGCCUUGGGGUGCUGCAGUCACUCCCUGCUGUCCCGCUGCCUGCUGCACGCCUUGAGGUGCUGCAAUCACUCCCUGCUGUCCCCCUGCCUGCUGCACGCCCUCAGGUGCUGCAGUCACUCCCUGUCGUCCCCCUGCCUGCUGCACGCCCUGGGGCGCCGCUGGUGUUUGCCCUGAAUGGACGGCGUAUGGAAGUUCGCGACGUGGGCCCGGACAUGACAUUGAAUGAAUUCGUCCGCACCAGGACAGAGUUUACAGGAACUAAGCUGGCCUGCGGUGAAGGUGGGUGCGGUGCAUGUGCGGUCAUGGUCGCUCGGUACAACCCUCUCACCAGCACCAUCGACGAGCGUUCGCUCAACUCCUGCCUGCUUCCGCUCGCCUCCUUGCACCUCGCCGCCAUCACCACCGCGGAAGGCCUCUGCUCCGCGUCCCGCUCGUCCCCCGCCGACCUCCCCGCAGCCAACGGCGGCGCAGGCGCACCCGCACCCUCCGGCGCAGCCAAUGGCGCAGGAAAAGACGCGGGGCUGAAGCAGCAGCGGGACCCGCACACGUGUCACAAGGGCGGUCGCGCGGAGCAGCCUCACGCGGUGCAGCAGCGGCUGGCGGGGUUCCACUCGUCCCAGUGCGGCUUCUGCACGCCUGGUAUGUCCAUCGCGCUUUACGCUGCCGUCCGCCGCCGGCGCGCGGGAGCCUCCGGGGAGGGAGUGGAGGCGGUGAGUGGGCUGACGGAGCAGGAGGUAGAGGAGGCAAUGGCUGGGAACCUGUGCCGCUGCACCGGGUACCGGCCUAUUCUCGACGCCUGCAAGAGCUUCGCCGGGGCGAACGGUAGUGCGGCUGCAUCAGCAGCUGCAGCAGAAGCAGCAGGGGGGUUGAUGGAUUUGGAAGAGCUUGGGUCUGUUGGUGCUGCAGGAAUGCGCUCCUGUACGGUGCUAGAUAUCAGUGAGUUUGCCCCUGCUGCGAUCUCCGCUCAGUCGCACGGCGAGGGGGAGUGUGGCGGGAAGGACAGCAGCGGCGGAAGCGGCGGCGGCGGGAAGUGCAGCAAGAGCGGCAGUGGAAAGUGCAGCGGGCUGUGCGGCACGCCUCGCAAGCCACUCCCGCGCUACGAUCCCACCUCCGACCCGCCGUUCCCCGCCUGGCUCACCGCGGAGACCCAGCGCCAGCUCAGCGCGCAGCAGAAGCAGGCAGGAGGGGGAGAUAAGAUGCUUGGGUGGGAAGUCUGGGAGGAGUCAGGCGUGGGAGAAGCGGCGGGCAGGGGCAGCGAUGGGGCGAAUGGAGAGGCGAGUGCGGCGGGAGAGGGGGAGGCGGGGGAGCAGGCGGAGGAGGUGAAGGGUGAGAGGAAAGGAAGGAAGGUUGCGUGGGUGGCGCCGAGAAGUCUCGACGAGCUGCGAUCCGUGCUGUUGGGAGGCAAGGGGAAAGGAGGAGCGGGUGAUGGUGAGGAGAAAGAGGUUCGGCUGGUGGUGGGCAACACUGCGGUGGGUGUGUAUCCUGAGCUGGGUCGCUAUGAUGGCGUGGCUCGUGUGACUAGAGUGGACUUGAAACACCUUCCUGAGCUGCAGCGCGUGGCGUGGGAAGAAGGGCCGGGUGACGAGGAGAAUGAGGGGGGCGAAGGGGGCGCGCGUGUGGUGGGGGUUAGAUUCGGUGCUGCCGUGUCCUUGGCCGAUGUGAUUGCUGUGCUGGACACAGUAGCAGGGAAGGGCACUGGUGCUUCCAGCACCAGCGACGGUGCUCCAGUAAUUUCUGGCUGGAGUGAAGCAAAGGCGGCAGGAGCAUCAGCAUCAGCAGCAGCGGAGGUGUUUUCUAGUGUGGCGGCUCACCUGCGCAAGGUAGCAGGGCCGCACGUGCGCAACGCUGCCAGCAUCGGUGGCAACCUGGUGCUGGCCGCCUCUCAGCGCGCCUUCCCUUCCAACGUUGCCACGCUCCUGCUCGCCCUAAACGCCUCUGUGCGCACCGCCACACCCACCCCCACUGCUGCGUCCGGCGCAGGAGGAACAGCAGGAGGAGCAGGAGGCAGUGAGGGGUGGGCGUGGGAGGAAGACUCUUUGGAGCAGUUCCUGCUGCGCGGUCCUCUGCCCAGCACCACUCUGCUGCACUCCGUCUUCCUGCCCUGCCCCUCGCUCCCUCCCUCCGCCGCCUCUGCAGGCCAGCAGCUGGUGUUUGACUCCUUCCGUGCGUCUGUCCGCCCCUCGGGCAACGCCUAUGCGUACGUCAAUGCCGCCUUCCUCCUUCGCCUCACCCCCACUUCCUCCUCCUCCUCCUCCUCCUCCUCCUCCUCGUCCCCCAUCAUCCACUCCGCUCGCCUGGUCUUUGGGGCGUUUGGCAGCCCCCACGCCAUCAGAGCGCGCCAAGCCGAGUCCUGCCUGCUUUCUGCAGCAGCCAACGGCGCGCUGACACCUGGCAGCGUGCUGGAGGUGGUGAGGGCAGUGCGGGGGGAGGUGGUCCCUCCAGAGGGGACACGGUGGGCGGAGUAUAGAACAGAGGCAGCUGUUGGGUUCCUCUUCUCCUUCCUCUCCCGCCACCUGCCCCAGAUCGAUCCGCCCCGGAAGAGCCUGCAGCACGGCGAUGGUGCUGCUGCUGCUUCUGCUACUGGUGCUGCUGGCGGUAGCGUGAGUGGAGACGGAGUGAGGGGCAGCAGCGAGCAGCAGCACGUGGUGAUGAGGGGGCAGCAGGUGUACAGCGUCACCAACGACGUCUUCCCUCUCGCUUUGCCCCUCCCCAAGCUGGGCGUCGACCUGCAAGCCACAGGUGCAUCAUUCAUCAUCGCCCCUCCCUUGGCCCCCCCACCGUCUCCCAUGCUGCCUCUUCCCAUAAACCAUCCUCAUUCCCCCCAACCACCCUCGCUCUGCCCACUAAAGGAGAUUCUCCUUGCCACUACUCGUGUUCCCACCUCUCGUGUUCCACAGCCUACACCCACCCACUUCAGCUCUCCCUUCCACCCCUAUACCCCUUAUUAUACCUUCUAUCUCCUGCUGCACCGUUUAUCUCUUCCUCCCCACACCCUUCUUCCCCCCCCCCCCCCCCACUUCCCCCCUCCCCUCUUCCCCCACUCCCCCCCUGCAUCCCCACCAGGCCAUGCGAUUUUCGUGGGCGACAUCCCAGUGCCAGCCUUUGAGGCGCCUCCAAAAUCGCCAUGCAAUAUUCGCCAUGCGAUCUUCGUGGACGACAUCCCAGUGCCGUCCUCCUGCCUGUACGCCGCCUUUGCCGUCUCCACGCACGCGUCUGCACGCAUCACGUCGCGCUGCUACACUGCAGCGCUCGCCUCCCCGGGCGUGGUAGCAGUGCUGGACGCCUCGCACCUGCCCCCGGGUGGGGCCAACGUGGGCUCGAACCUCCUGGGCUCGGUUGACCCGCUCUUUGCUGAGGGGCGCUCCGAGUAUUACGGCCAGCCGCUGGCUCUUGUGGUUGCUGACUCGUACCGCCAUGCACAGGAAGGCGCACGCAAGGUGAUCUGCACGUAUGACUCCUCCCCUCCACCCGCUGCUGCUGCUCACAAGCCAGAAGCAGAACGACCAGCAGCAGGACCAACAGCAGCAGCAGCAGCAGCAGCAGCAGCAGCAACAGCGGCUGAAUCUGGGUCACCUGCAGGCGAGGCGAGUGGUGGCACUGCCAUUCUGAGCAUAGAGCAGGCGGAGGCUGCCGGGUCCUACUUUCCCCUCAACCCCAUGUUCGCCAUGGCCCUGCCCCGCCGCGGGAACUUCCAGGAAGCCUUCGACAAGAGCCCUCUGAAGAUCACCGGAGCCGAGGUGCGCUCGGGCUCGCAGCAGCACUUUUACAUGGAGCGUGCGCUCGGGCUCGCAGCAGCACUUUUACAUGGAGCGUGGGUGGCGAUGGCGGUGCGCUCGGGCUCGCAGCAGCACUUUUACAUGGAGCCGCAGGUGGCGAUGGCAGUACCAGACGAGGGAGGCACACUCACUGUGUACAGCGCGACUCAGUCCCCGCAGUUCACACAGGAGAGCGUGGCUGCGGCUCUGGGGCUGCCGGUCAGCUGUGUGCAUGUCGUCACUCGCAGGCUGGGAGGCGGGUUCGGCGGCAAGGCGUGCCAGUCGAAUUGGGUGGCAGUGGCAUGUGCGCUGGCAGCGCAGCACCUGCACCGCCCUGUGCGCAUGGCACUAGAGCGCAAGGCAGACACGGCCCUGGUGGGCGGCCGGCACGAGGCAAGGGUCCGCUACGACGUGGGGUAUGACGAGACUGGCCGCGUGCAUGCGCUGCGCGUGAGCACGGUGCUCAAUGCUGGAUGCACUCAGACCAUGAGCAACUGGCUGCCGAUGAACUAUGGGGCCGCCAUCACACAAUACGACUGGGGCGCACUGCAGAUUGAUCUGAAGAUUGCCAAGACCAACCUACCCACGCGAGUGACAGUGAGGGCGCCAGGCGAGGUGCAGGGAGUGCUGGUGGCGGAAACAGUGAUGGACCAUGUAGCUGCUGCUCUCAACCUAGAUCCAGUGCUAGUCCGUGAGCGUAACCACAUAACCACCGACUCUCUCCGUGCCUUCUUCCCCCGCGGCUUUCCUCCUGCUGCUCCUGCGGAGGAGGAAAAGGCGGAGGAUGAGGGUGCGAUCGCAGAGAGAGUGUGGCGGGAGGUAAAAGCCCUCGCCAGCUACAGCAAGCGAGUGGACGCAGUACAGGAAUUCAACGCAGCACACAAGUGGCAUAAGAGAGGACUCGCCAUUGCUCCAGUGCACUACAUGGUCCCUAUCAUGGGCAAGCCUGCACGGGUGACUGUGUUUGGUGAUGCGUCAGUGGUAGUGGAAACCGGAGGAGUGGAGAUGGGUCAGGGGCUGUUCACCAAGCUCCUCCCUCUUCUGCAAGCCGCCAAAGCAGCAGCAGAAAAGGCCAAGGCGUGCAAGCGGCUGGGGGUGGCAGGCGGAGGACCAGGGGGGAUGUUUGGGGGCGGAGGAGCAGCAGCAGGGGUUGAUGUGGUGGUGGGGGAGGAGGAUGUGGCAAGCUGGGAGGAGGUUGUGGGGCAGGCCAAGGCCAUGCGCUUGUACCUGUCUGCUCAGGCUAAUUAUCAGCCCAAGCCUCCUGCUGGAAGCUUUUUCCUCUCCUACUUCAACUUUGGAGCUGCCGUUUCAGAGGUGGAGGUGGAUGUGGUGACAGGGAGUGUGAGUGUGCUGCGGUGUGAUAUCCACUAUGACUGUGGUCGCAGCCUCAACCCUGCUGUGGACAUAGGACAGGUGGAAGGAGCGUUCGUGCAGGGGCAGGGAUUCUUCACGACAGAGGAGGUGGUGGUGGAUGAGGCAUCAGGCAGGCUGUUGACGGAUGGCACGUGGUCCUACAAGGUGCCAUCGUUUGACACUACACCUCGCCAGCUCAACGUGUCUUUGCUGCAGGGCGCAGGCAACGACCGCGGCGUGCUCUCCUCCAAAACAUCUGGGGAGCCCCCCCUCCUUCUCGCUGUUUCGAUCCACUCUGCCAUUCGCUAUGCCAUUGCUGCUGCACGUCGCGAGUUCGCUGACCCCCACACGGAACCUGGUGCUACUGGCAGUGAUGAGUUCGUGCGGUUGGAUUCCCCAGCCACCAUGGCUGUGGUUCAGCAGGCAUGUGGUUCGCAUCUAGUGGAAGCUUACCUGGAGAAGCAGCUUAUGACUUCACCUGCUGCAGUAUCUGCUGCUGCUGCUGCUGCUGGAGGUACUGGUAACUAG